AUGUCGUUAAUAACGGGACUAGAUUGGAGGGAACCUUGGUCAGAUCAGCUGGUUUCAACAUUCAUGAAGGAAAUAAUAAAAAAAGACAUUCUUGUUCGUAUUUUUAAACAGGGAAGGAAUGGUCCUAAGCACAUUAAGACGUGCCAGAAUGUCGCACUUGCUGAAAUUGCUCGUCAAUUCGGUCUAAUGAAUGAUUUAAACAAUGUGAUGAAGAUAUUUAUCAAGUUACGUUUCUCCUUGAUGUCAAGAAUGAGGCGUCUGAUAAGGCGAUGCGUAGCGCGAGGAUGGCCGGCUGAACGUGCGUUACUCCUGGCCCCAAAAUGGCUGCGCGUCAUCGAAACCAGAAUCCGACUCUUGCCGGUAGCUAUUAAGGUGAUGAGCGUAAUAUUUCUUAGUAUUGUAAAUAAACUGCCGUUUCGGGUAGGUGGGCCGAAUGAGUUUCACUCCGAAUUCACCGCGGACUUUUUACAGUGUAAAAUAUAA